UAUAUGGCAGUGCUGACCAGCUUUUUGGCACAAUGCAGUUUGCCACAAAAGGACCCAGGGCUCCUAGUGGACACCAGACUGGACAUGAGCAGCAAAAUUCCCUUGCCACCAAAAUUCCAUCAGGAUCCUAGGCUGGCAUGAGGAGGAACACUGACAGCAGGUUGAAGGAAGGGACCCUUCCCCUCUACUCAACAUGGGUGAGGCUGUUCCUCAAGUCCUGAGCUCCCCAGGAUUAGAGAUGUGUGGACAUACUGAGACAAUCCAGCAAAGGGCCACAGAGAUGAUGAAGAGAGAGUGGUAUUUGUCCAGGGAGGAGAUGCUGGUACAGUUCAGGAUGGAGAGGGCUCAGAGGAUUCUGUCCAAUGUAUGUGGAGCAAAGUAAAUGCAGCCCAACUCUCAGUGGUGGCCACUAACAGGACAAGAGGCAACAAGAAAUUCUAUUUAAACACCAGAUAAAACUUUAUUGCACUCUGAAACAGGCUGUCCAGAGAGGUUAUGGAGUCUCGCAGCCCACUGGAUGUGGUCCUGGGCAGCAUCUCCAGGGACUGGGCUGGAUGGAUUCCAGCCUCAGCUCCUCACCAGCCCUGUGGGUGUGGGGAGGGCAGGCUGAGUGCUUUGUGGGGCACAGAGCCCUCAGUGCAGCUACCCCUGAGCUCUGGGGCAGCAGCUCAGCAGUCUCUGGCAAACAUCCAGCACACAACGGCAUGAGAGCACUUCUGUGCUGCCUGUUGGGGUUUUUUCCAGAACUGCAUAAUCCUAUGCAAACAUUGUCUUUCCCUACACAGACUCAUAGGGAAACCCCCCUCCAGUGGGACCAUUCUCCUUUUUGUGGCCAGGCCACUGGGCACAUUUUAGUUUCCUUUUGAUUAGAAUAAAGCAAAAAUGAGUGCUGAGUCACUUGGCAUUGGGAGGGACCAUAUUCCAUUCUACCUCACUUUUUUCUGUUCCCUCUAAUUCCCUACAGCUAUUUCACUUUCAUGUCAUCCUUUAUCAUCAUCCUGGAAUUUCCAUUUCGGCUGCUCCCAGCUGCCUCCAGGACUCCCUUUUAAAAGAGGGCUGAAUCCAGCUGUUGCACACUGAGCUGCAUCUUCCAGAGCUUCUGCUCCUGGUCUGACAGCCCUCACCCAACGGAAAGAUGAAGGUCUCUGCAGCUGGGUUUGCUCUUGUCCUCAUUUCAGCCUCCUUCUCCCAAACUUUCUCUGGACCAGCUGGCCUCGACAUCCCAAUCUGCUGUUUCACAUACAGCCAGCACAAGCUCCCACGGAAGCUCAUCCAGCGUCAUUACAGCACCAGCAGCAGCUGCUCCCAGCCGGCCAUCGUGUUUGUCACAAAGGAAGGCCGCCAGGUCUGUGCCAAUCCUGAAAACACCUGGGUCCAAAGCUACCUGAAAAUUUUGGAGCAGAACUGAGACAAGCAGUGUGGCAAGAGUAGCUGCUGUCAUGGACAAGUCACGUUAUCCUGAGCUCCAGCUGUGGAGGAGGACCCUGGGACAAUAGGAGCCACAGGAGCAUCUGCAAAUGUCCCCAAGGGACUGCUGGAAGGGCACCUUGUGUUUGGGGCUGCUGCUCAUCCUUGGCUUGUACAGACCAGGCUUCAGCCUCAUCCCUCUGCCCCAGCCCCAGGCCCACGGGACUGCACCUUGUCUGUUGUAUUAUUUCAAGUUAUUUAAGAAUUCAUCAUAUGGGGCAGUCAAUCUUUUUUUUUCUGUGGAUGAUGAUAUUAUUUAUAGGGGGGUGACAGAGAGGAUAUUUCUAGGAGGGGGACCCAGUGCUGAAUGAUGGGAAACCCUGCUUUAUACAUGUCAACUCGUGAUUCUGGAGAAUAAAGAAU